AAUCAGCGCUCGCCUCCGUGUGUUCAGCCAUUUUGUAAGAAAAUCAAGCAAGUGUGCCGCCCUACCUUCUCUUCAGACCUGCAGUUUUUUCUUGUGCAAUGGACGGCCGCCUAGACGCUGACCUGUACCCGCUGGGAUCCGGCUACGUCCCUGAAAUUGACAGUGUCCAUGACAUAUCAGUUGGCACGAAGAGGGGAUCCGACGAACUGUUUUCUUCCAGCGUAUCCAACGGGCCCUAUAUCAUGAACUCAGCCAAUGGCAACGACAGUAAGAAAUUCAAAGGUGAUGUGCGCAGCCCCGGUGUCCCAUCUCGUGUGGUGCACGUGCGCAAGCUGCCCAACGACAUCAACGAGGCCGAGGUCAUCAGCCUGGGACUGCCCUUUGGAAAAGUCACCAACCUGCUCAUGCUCAAGGGCAAAAACCAGGCCUUCCUCGAGCUGAAUAGUGAAGAUUGUGCCCAGACGAUGGUCAAUUACUACUCCUCUGUCACACCAGUCAUCAGAAAUCACCCAGUUUUCCUGCAGUACUCAACACACAAGGAGCUCAAGACCGACAACUCUCCCAACCAAGUGCGUGCCCAGGCAGCUCUGCAGGCAGUCAAUGCUUUACACGGAGGGGCUAUGGGGAGCAUGGCCAUCUCCACAGACACCAGCAGCCUCGGAGGUCCCACCAGUCAGAGCCCAGUGCUCCGAGUUAUCGUGGAGAACCUCUUCUACCCUGUCACUCUGGACGUCCUGCACCAGAUUUUCUCCAAGUUUGGCACUGUCCUGAAGAUCAUUACUUUUACCAAGAAUAACCAGUUCCAAGCUCUGAUCCAGUACGCUGAUGCUAUGACUGCCCAGCAUGCAAAACUGUCUCUAGAUGGACAGAACAUCUACAAUGCGUGCUGCACUCUCAGAAUCAGCUUCUCCAAACUCACCAGCCUCAAUGUGAAGUACAACAAUGACAAGAGCAGAGACUACACCCGCCCCGACCUGCCCAAUACAGAUGCUCAGCCCACUGUGGACCCCAUGACUGCCGCAGCCUUUGCUCCUGGCCUUAUCUCAGCCUCUCCAUAUGGGGGCGCUCAUGCAUUCCCUCCAACGUUUGCCAUUCAGCAGGCAGCAGAUAAUCGUUUUUGUUUGGUUCCAGGUCUCUCUAUGCCUGGUAUCCCCAGUGCCCUGGCCUCUCUGGGCGUGGGGCCCACAGGCAUGGCGGCCGCAGCCGCGGCUGCCACUCGCCUCGGCCUCACGGGGCUCACAGCUGCCGCCGGACACAACGUCCUAUUGGUCAGCAACCUCAACCCAGAGAGCGUUACGCCACACUGCCUCUUUAUUCUUUUCGGCGUGUACGGCGAUGUGAUGAGAGUCAAGAUCCUGUUUAAUAAAAAGGAGAACGCUCUGGUACAGAUGUCUGAUGGCACACAGGCUCAACUAGCCAUGAGCCACUUGAACGGCCAGCGUCUCCACGGGAGGGCCAUGCGCGUGACUCUGUCCAAACACACGACUGUGCAGCUGCCUCGAGAGGGCCACGAGGACCAGGGCCUCACCAAGGACUUCAGCAACUCCCCACUGCAUCGCUUCAAGAAGCCCGGCUCCAAGAACUACUCCAACAUCUUCCCCCCAUCGGCCACACUCCACCUCUCCAACAUCCCUCCUUCUGUGAUGGAGGAUGAUCUUAAGAGACUGUUUGCAAGUUCAGGAGCUACAGUCAAAGCUUUCAAAUUCUUUCAAAAAGACCGCAAAAUGGCUCUGAUUCAGAUGGGCUCGGUGGAGGAGGCCAUCGAGUGUCUGAUCGAGUUCCACAACCACGACCUGGGAGAGAACCACCACCUGCGUGUGUCCUUCUCCAAGUCCACCAUCUGAGUGCCUCCAUGGACCAGUGCACUGCUCCUCUACGGGCGUUCGUUGCAGGGUGUUGCUCACUUCAGCUCAUUUCAUUUUAGGUUUGGGUAGAAAAUCGGACCUACGCUGUGUUACUAACAGUAGCCCAAAGGAGACCAAAGUAUAGAUAUAACUUUUUAUUUGUUAGCAUCUUUUGUCUUUUUAAUACAAGUGCAUAGUAGUAUACAUCUGUAACGCAAAAUAGCCAACAUAGUAGCAUUGAAGUAAUCCUCGUUUUCCUUCCUGGAGUGUUUACAUGUUAAACGACGGCUUCUUUAAGAGGUCAUCUGAUUUCCAUAUUCUUUGUACUCAAACCUGUUGAACAUAUUUACCCGACGUGAGCAACAUUCUGCAUUGAAACCUGUUUGAGGCAGAGCUGAGGCUGAACUGUCACUUUAGACCAAAUCUGGAGAAAUCCGUAUCUGUGCUUACGUGGAUCAAAGCGUCCACCACACACUCGAGCAUUCCUUAGUUUCCAUGAUCUCUGUGCCUUCUUGAGACGCCACUGUCAGUCAUCUUGGCCAGUCACAAAUACUCACAAUAUUGUUUUGCCUUUGACCCCAAUCACCACCUAAGGAUCUUAUUUUAUUUACCUUAAUGUUUGGAGGGGUCGCUUAUAAUUUAGUGAUGACCCCCUGUCCAUUUCUGUGCCUUACUUUGCUCUGAGCAGACUGCCUUAAGCUCUCGCUCUAAGAUAUUUCAAUAUCUUCUCUUGCCUUUGGUUUACACCAGCAUUUUAACAAUGGGCAAAGUGGCUUACACAGACUUUUCUUUUUUCCUUUAAUCAUAAACUGUUAUUCUUAAGCAUGUAGCCCUUUAUAAGUAUGUAAAACUCAAUGUAAGCCAGUUAGAUGCAUAAUAUCCUUGUUAGUUGAUGUAGUGCUGUUAGUUUUGACAAAGGUGAAGUUGGAGCCAGCUCACCUGUCUCGUCCGUCACUGCUUUAACCCCUCGGAGUGGUGAUUUGGACUUUAUUUAAUCAUUAUAUGUUCAUCUAUAAUUUCACACCUAUAUAUUUGUGUAUUCUUUUUAAUAGCAUUUACAUGUUUAUCAUAAUUGAGCUGAAAAGGCUGGUGACGGAGUUAAAUUCUCAUUACAGUGCCUUGUACUGAGCUGUAAUUGGAGACUUGGCCUUGUGGGGGACUUGUACCUCGCCUUAAGCCCCAUUCAUUCAGGUCUUACCACAAGAGCAGCUCAGAGCCUGCAUUGUCGCUACAGUAAAGGCUGUCCUGGGCUUUUCCUUAAAUUCAGGAAGAAUGGGCCUCAUUCCCUGUCCAGUCUGACAAGUCAGAUCCUUAGUGCACUUUUACAUGGACUGGUCCACUCAAGUCAUCACUCAAGUCUUAACAUUGUCCUAUUCCACUGCAUUGGCCACUGUAAACACUAGAGCAGAUACAGAGGUUCUGUUUGUAAAGGCUGGUUUUACAUAGUACAGAGCCACAUGUAGCACACGGUUAUUGCUGUCCAGGACCAAAGUACAGUAUCGUCUGCCCUUUUGUGCUGUAAAAAUCACAUUCCCCACGUCUAACAAAUCACAGCUCUGACCCCUCGUCACAUGUCACGUGUCCUGUUAAUCAUCAGAUACUGUAUAUUAUUGUAGCCCUUGUUUGAUUCCUUUACACAGAGCCUACUUUUGUAGAAUGAUCCUUACUGAACGGCAGUCUGACCUGUGAUGUCGACCUGUAGAUUUAUGCCUUUGUUGUUCAAAGCUUUUAUUUUGCUCUCUUUUUAUAUGGGGGCGGGGUGGGGUAUUGUAUGAAGCGGGGUUGAUGGUUGUAAAUAUUCAUGUUUUUGUACCACAGAAUCAUUUGAUUAUAUCACUUUACGUUCAGAACAGAACAUGUAUAUUUUGAUACGACAUGACAGACAUAUAAAGCUCGUACGAGCUACAAAACCAACUUUUGUAACACAAAGUUAUUAAAAUAUCUGAACACA